AUUUUGGGAACAAUUUCUCAUGAAAAAUAAUUUUUCCUCAAAAGGAUCAAGAGUAAUAAUUUUUUUGGACAAUUUGGAGGAAAAAAAAGAAUAAGUUAGAAGAUUAGACUUUUACUUUAGAAAUUUGAAAGAAAAUUUAGAGGAUUUACAGAAAAAAACCCUGUAAGAAAAGUCAAUGAUAAGCUGCAUAAAUUUUCGCUAAUUAAUGCAAUCUUUCGUUUUAAAAAAUUCAAUGAGAGUAGAGGGAGUCUGCGCGAUCGACGUGAGAUUCAGUUGAUGAACAAGAGCUCCCCAAUAGCACCGCAGUGUCAGUCUGUAAAUGCUAGUCAUUGCAUUUCUAUAUUCUUUCGGUAUAUUUAUCAUGUUUUUUCUACGGCGAAAUUGCCAUUCGUUUGAGCAAAGGUUCUUGAAGAAAGUCAAAGAUCUUCUUCCCUUUGAUUUGAAGAGGGAAUCUCCAAAGGAAAUGUCUCAAGUAAGGAAUAUUCUGGACCUCAGCAUGGAUGAGAAGAGAAAUUUUCUCAAUUCAUUCGACUUUAUGAUGACUGAUUGCGAUGGUGUCCUGUGGAAUCUCAUUGAUCCAAUUCCUGGUACUGGAGCAGCUUUGAGGGAUGUGGAAGCUGCGGGUAAAAGAGUUAUUUAUGUGUCCAAUAACAGCGUUUGUCCAGAUAGUGUUUAUGAGAGAAAAAUUAAGAGUAUUGGUGCCACAUACAGGCAGGAAGAUCUUGUACAUCCAAUCCAUACUAUUAUCUACUAUCUCAAGAAGAUCAAAUGCAGAGAUCUGAUAUAUUUCAUUGGAUCUGAUCAUACGAAGAAUAUCCUCUCAAGUGCUGGAUUCAACGUAAUUUGUGGACCCACUGAGAAAUUUGACGCGGACUUUCGUAAGCUUGUGGCUGCUGUGAAGGAUAAUCAGCCUGUUAAGUACGUCAUUUGGGAUGUUGAUUUAAACUACAGCUACCCACAAUUUCUUCGUGCUGAAUUGUACCUUCGUGACCCAAAGUGUCAGCUAAUUCUCGGCGCCACUGACUACCGUGUCCCCAUAGUAUCAGGGUUUGAUCUCCCCGGGCCGGGAUAUCUAAUGGAUGCCUUGGAAGCGGCUCUUCCACCUGGAAAGAAGCCAAUUAUUCUGGGUAAGCCCGGUAUUGAACUGGGAGAGAUUCUUAUGGAGAAAUAUGCAAUCUCAGAUCCUCAGAGGGUACUCUUUGUUGGCGAUAUGUUGCAUCCUGACAUUAAAUUAGCCACAAACAAUGGCUUCCAGUCUCUCCUGGUUCUAACUGGAGCAACAACGCGGAAACAAAUGCUUAGCAGCGAAGAUAGCACCGUCAUCCCGGAUUUCUAUGCUGACUCCAUUGCUGCCAUAUCAAAGCUUAUUCAGAGUCUCCCGAUCCAAUCAUCUUUGUAGAAUUUUAUUAUUUUAUUCUUCGAAAA